UCAUAAUACUAAUGGAAUCGAUUUGUACUUGCAAUCGCGAUCAUCGAAAAAUAAAUCCACACACCACAAUUACCUGAUAACGGAAUGUUACAAGUGAUUCACCAUCGUCUACAUUUCAUUAAUUUUGCAAAACGUGAUAUAUAAUUUAAAGUGAGCCUUAGCACGCAACGUUUGCAUGCCUAGUAGCAACAAUACAAUUUUCUGUGUGCGAUAAAAUCAGCAUAAUUCUGAUCAAAGAACAGUACAACGCAACUCUACGUGGAAGAAACAUUGUCGAUCAAACGAGCAGUUUUCCGCGAAAUACUCUGUAAUAGCGAACGCCAAACAAAUAUUGAAUGAGUGGCGAGACUUCCAAUUCGUCUACAUCAUGAUAACAAUAUCUCAGGAGAAACGACAUAGAGUGAGAAGGACCAUGGUGAACCAUGUAGACAUUAAAUUUUCUGAAAUCGAGAAUUUGAUGAAAGCGAGAAUGAAGUCGUUCGACCGCGCUAAUUUUAAAUCGUACAGUGAUCAGUCAACGGAAAGUACAAAAGAACUUGCCUAUAAAUUUGUGCAGGAAUAUCUGCAAUGUAGUACAAUACAUGGCGUAAAGUACCUCGGCAAGUUACGAAUAAAACCCAGCAUUGUUGGAAGACUCUUCUGGGCUCUAAUCAUGAUAUGCAGUUUCCUCUUCUUAGCGUGGAUGCUCUCGAGAUUCUGGGCACGUUACACCGCGAAUCCAACUCGCACCGUCAUCGAGUCCUUUCAGACUCCGAUAUACAUGAUUCCAUUUCCAGCUAUAACUCUUUGUCCAUUAGUGGCACCGUUAGCGAAAACGCGCAUGAAAUUGCUCAAACGUUUACGUCUACCGGACAACAUGGACAACGAUACGGCGAAUUUUUUACUCAGAUAUGGGCCCUCAUGGGCAAACGAACACUCGCCUGCUGGUAAGGAUUACGUGAACAAUUUGGAAGAGCUUUUGGACAUAAACCAUAUGACGUUUAUGGAUUUUUUAAAAUUUCUGCGUCCCUGCGAGGACCUAUUCGACUCCUGUUCGUGGAACGGCGAGACGAAGAACUGUAGCGAAUUGUUCAAAGUGUCUUACACCUUCACAGGUAUAUGUUGUUCCUUCAAUUAUCUCCUCGAGGAUUAUAUAAAAACUGGCAGAAAGAAGAACGACUCCGACAUAGUCAGAACUGAUUUGUAUGGGCCAAAAUCAGGUCUCAGAAUUGUUCUGCAUCCGGACUUGUUAGCUCAUAUCGAUAAUACGGCGAUCAGAUUUUCGACAAAUUCCAUCGGUGUCGUGAUGUUUCCUCAUCAUCCUCUGGAGUAUGUCGGUACUAUAGCCGUCAGACAAAUUCUACAAGCGGAACAAGAAUUAUGGAUUUCCGUAACACCGCUCGUCAAGUCAUUUAAGACCAUCGAACAUUCUCAUCAAGAUGAUGCUGGAGAUCUGGUUCUACAUUGUGCGGAUGAGACCUUUAAAUUGAAAUAUUUUCCCACGUAUCAAUAUACGAACUGUUUCAUCAGCUGUGCCAUCAGGGCCGUUGUUCAACUCUGCGGUUGUGUGCCAUAUUACUAUGCACCCGUAGCUGACAUGUAUUCUUUAAGAAUCUGCGGCUGGGAAGACUGGCAAUGUCUUUACACGAAUGCGGAUGAAAUACGAAUCAUUCAGAACGUUAAGACAGAAAAUUUCUCAUGCGAAUGUAUAAAUCCAUGCUUGAAUGUAUUUUAUGAUAUACAAACAUUGUCAUCCGUACUGAAUGGUCAACAAGAUUUCAAUGUCUCGCCAGUUUACAAAAAUCUUUCGAAGAGCCAAGCUGUUCUAAGAGUAUAUCUGAGCUCCGAGACUUUCACGGUGAUGCACACAAUCCCGCUCGCUGAUAGAUUGUAUCUACUAGCAUCCGUGGGUGGCAUAUUUAGUCUUUUCGUGGGAUGCAGCUUUAUAAGCUCUAUCGAAAUUUUGUACUUCAUUGGACUAUUUCUGCGCUCUUAUUCCAGCUCCAAGAAGACAAAGUAAAACGAAGCAACACGCGUGCGAUUACAAGUUUCAUUGGCAUUAUUACCGGAAAGAUUGCGCGUGAUAUAAUUAUAUUUAACGUUCGUCGUUACUGAACAUGCUAACUGGAUGUCCAAUCGCAUUUUCGUCGCAGAGGUAAUCGUGCGAGAAACGACUGUCACCGUUACUUCAACUUCUGUCGGCUGUCGUAUACGGGUGCCUCGUCGAGCACUAAGAAACUGGAACGAUUAGAUCUAUUUCGGUCGGUUACUGGAGCGCUGCCGUAAUUCUACGCCCGUGAAAAUAUUCGGUAGCCGAGAACGUCUCACAAUCGUGUGGUCCUCCUUGAAGCAAGAUCGCGCAAGACAAAUGAUCCACGAGCCGCGAAUAAAUCACAAUGUCUGACCUUUCUUCGGCGCACCGAUCACUGUCACCAGUUUUCGAUACGUCAAUUUUCACGCCUACGUGACUCUACGUUCUAUGCAUGUUUUGCCAUCGGCAUGUGCACGCAUCUGUCUGGCAAUACGGCAAUAUCAAUCGUAACUCAAAAUAGCGGACGUGCAACGUAACGAUUAAUUUCCGAUACGAUCGAGCACGGCGAUGACAGAUUUAUGAGGCGCGACGAGAACACGCGACUCGUUGGAGUCCAGUAAAUCUGGUAUUUAGUCCUGUGAAUAUAUGAGAUACAUAAAUUGCCGUAAGUGAGACAACGAAAGGAGUGGAUGUUUCGCGGAUGAGAAACUGGGUAUUUAUAUCUAGAAGAAUAUUUCCGAAAUUUCGAAUGAAACAAGCGGCGUAAUUCGAUACUUGAGUCAUGCGGCGUGUCUCAGGAAUUCCUUGCCUUACAUAAUGUUUGAAAGCUUUUCGUUAAAGCAGCCCUAAUUGCCGCCCAGCAUUGAAGUCUGUGCUAAUCACGUCAGCUAUUUUCGCGAAUGCUGUCGAAAAUACCGAUUUAGUUCUACGCGGAACGUACAGUCGAACUUCGAGAGCUGGAGGCGCCGACUAUUUUUGGAGAAACGCCCACGUUUCGCAAGCACAUCGUUCACGUCUCUAUAACGUUCUCUAUUUGUUGUAACUCGUGAUGAACUCGUAUUUUCUUUUUUUUCUAAUCAUACCCUCUCACGUCACAGUCCGUUUUCCAGUAACACGAUGGUAAUUUAUUCAUUCCCGGAUAAGUCUCACUUAUUCAAAAGGAAUUCCAGUCAGCAUUCUAAACGAAAAGCUUUAUUUUCUGAUUUUCUGAUAUUACUGGAGAUGCGUCACGAAUCUGAGGAACUAACAUGAUAACGUGAUCGAGUAAAAUAAAUAAACGAGAUUCGAGAUAGGAACGCACGUAAGACCUGAUGUAUUUAUUUCGGCGACUUCAAGUGAGCACAGCUCGGUGACAAUGACAAUGUAAAUUGUAGCUAUAGAAAUGUACGUGAAAUAAAUAUUACAUUACAUUCUGAAAGUGUUCGUUGCUAGUUAUCUACGAAAAAAUAUAAUUAGAGUAACAUGAAUAGUUAUUUUUAGUGGGCAGCCGGUUUCCAUGGCGAGAAAUCGAAAUCGAAAUGUGGGGUAAGCUUUUCAAAUCUUGUCUAUCUGCCGUGGACAUACUUUUGAAUAAUUUGGAUCGCAGAAAUCGGUCACUAAAUAUUCACAAGCGAGUUGCAUGUCUCCACACAGGGGUACCUAGAUUGUAGAAAAUGUAAUAAAUGAUGGUGGGAACUGGCGAGCUUCGUGUGAGGUGUCCUGGCGAUUUUGGAUCCCCUGAAUGCAUCCGCUUUUUGACGUGUCUCUUCUUUGUUCUUCAGCCCUAAAAUACGAUUGUAUUUAAGAUAUUUAAAUAAAAAA